CGUUUCGUGAAUAGCUAAAGUUCCGCCGCUCUUCCCAAACAACGUGGGCUGUGGAUGUGGCAGCGGCCAGUCUGACUACGUGUCUCCUCUUUGCAGAGCUCCGUCGUCUCGGUUGCUUUGCGAACUCUUCCCGCUGCCAGGUCUCCGGGUGUUGGCGCCAUGUUUGCCAGGCUGGCUCUGUGUUCUCGCCUGCCAUCCAGGAUCCGACAGUCCAAUGUCUGUCCCGUCUCCACCAGAGGGUACUCCCAGGCUAAAUUUGUGCUCCCACGGCCCCAUGGGAAGUCGUUCGCCCACCGCAGCGAGUUGAAGCAGGCCAAGCGCAUCGUGGUGAAGCUGGGAAGCGCCGUAGUCACACGGGGGGACGAGUGCGGCCUGGCGCUGGGCCGGCUCGCCUCCAUAGUGGAGCAGGUGGCCGUGUUGCAGAACCAAGGCAGGGAGAUGAUGAUCGUUACCAGCGGCGCCGUGGCGUUCGGGAAGCAGCGGCUGAGGCACGAGAUCCUGUUGUCUCAGAGCGUCAGACAAGCCCUGCACUCUGGACAGAACCAACUCAAAGACAUGUCUGUUCCAGUUUUGGAGGCCCGAGCUUGUGCAGCUGCCGGACAAAGUGGUCUGAUGGCUCUGUAUGAAGCUAUGUUCACCCAAUACAGCAUCUGCACCGCACAGAUUUUGGUCACCAACCUGGAUUUUCACGACGAGCAGAAGCGUCGCAACCUGAACAGCACGCUACACGAGCUGCUGCGCAUGAACAUCGUGCCUAUAAUCAACACCAACGAUGCCGUUGUGCCGCCCCCUGUCCCCAACAGUGACCUACAGGGGGUAAAUGUCAUAAGCAUUAAGGAUAAUGACAGCUUGUCUGCACGGCUGGCUGUUGAGAUGAAAGCUGAUCUUCUCAUUGCUCUGUCUGAUGUUCAAGGCCUAUAUGACAGCCCUCCAGGAACAGACGACGCUAAGCUCAUUGAUAUCUUCUACCCCGGGGACCAACAGUCAAUCACGUACGGCACCAAGUCCAGAGUCGGCAUCGGUGGCAUGGAGGCCAAGGUGAAAGCGGCCCUUUGGGCUCUUCAAGGAGGGACCUCGGUUAUCAUCGCCAACGGCACAGACCCUAAAGUCACAGGACACGUCAUCACAGACAUCGUAGAAGGGAAAAAAAUUGGCACCUUUUUCUCUGAGGUCAAACCUGCAGGACCGACUGUGGAGCAGCAGACGGAGAUGGCACGGCACGCCGGGCGCGCGCUGGCGUCUCUACUCCCUGAACAGAGAGGAGAAAUCAUCUGCUGUCUUGCUGAGCUCCUCACAGAAAAGAAGGAUGAGAUUCUGAGUGCCAACAGGAAAGACAUGGAGAUAGCAGCAGGCCGUUUGUCCCAGCCUCUGAUCAAUCGCCUCAGUCUGUCGACUGCUAAGCUGAACAGCCUCGCCAUCGGCCUGCGUCAGCUCGCCGUGUCCUCUGGGAACAGUGUGGGUCGGGUGCUGAGGAGGACGCGGGUGGCUAACAGCCUGGAGCUGGAGCAGAUCACCGUUCCCAUCGGGGUCCUGCUGGUCAUCUUUGAGUCGCGUCCGGACUGCCUCCCGCAGGUGUCGGCCUUGGCCAUCGCCAGCGGAAACGCGUUGCUUCUUAAAGGAGGCAAAGAGGCAUCAAACACCAACAAGAUCCUCCAUCAACUCACCCAGGAGGCGCUCUCCAUCCACGGCGUAGCUGAUGCCAUUCAGCUGGUGAGCACGCGCGAAGAGGUCGAGGACCUGUGCAAGCUGGACAAAAUGAUCGACCUGAUCAUUCCGAGGGGUUCGUCCGAGCUGGUCCGAGACAUUCAGCGGGCGGCUAAGGGCAUCCCCGUGUUGGGCCACAGCGAGGGAGUCUGCCAUGUCUACGUCGACAGCGAAGCCAGCAUAGACAAAGCUAUCGACGUUGUCAAAGACUCCAAAUGUGACUACCCCGCAGCCUGCAAUGCCAUGGAGACCCUCCUUAUUCACAGAGAUUUGCUCCGUACGCCUAUAUUUGACCAGAUUAUUGACAUGCUGAGAACAGAACAAGUAAAGAUCCACGCGGGUCCUCGCUUCGCAUCGUACUUAACUUUCAGCCCAUCCGAGGUGAAGUCUCUGCGCACAGAGUACGGGGACCUAGAGUGCUGCAUCGAGGUGGUAGACGGCCUGCAGGACGCCGUGGACCACAUCCACAAAUACGGCAGCUCCCACACGGACGUCAUCGUCACGGAGAACGAGGAAACGGCCGAGCAGUUCCUGCAGCUGGUGGACAGCGCCUGCGUGUUCUGGAACGCCAGCUCUCGCUUCGCUGACGGAUACCGCUUUGGCCUGGGAGCUGAGGUCGGCAUCAGCACAGCAAGGAUACAUGCCAGGGGACCAGUGGGUUUGGAGGGACUGCUCACGACCAAAUGGGUUCUCCGAGGGGAGGGACACACUGUGGCAGACUUCUCUGAGCAAGGCAGCAUGAAAUACCUCCACGAGACCAUCCCUGUCCCCCAGGGGAACUUUAAUUAGGAGAUCUCUCAACAGGAGCCAACACAACAGAUGUCUAAAUGCAGUUUUUUUUGUUUUUUUUAGAGACUUGUAUCAAACGGUGUCAUUUCAACUUCCUAGCUGCUCCUUCAUUGCCUGUGUGAGUCGACUAUAUCAGUGCAGGAGACAUGCAUGCGCAAUUGGGCAGAUUUUAUUUUUUUUUCCUCCAAUUUCCAUUUUCCUAAUAUUGUGAACCAGUUCUGAAACCUGUGAAUUUGAAUUUCAGAUGCAUCAACACACAAGAAUGAGUAGUUGUUGAAUAACAGCAAACAUACAUUAUGCUAAAGCAAACUUAAGCUCCUUUUACUCGUCUACACGCCCAUUUUUUACAUCGGGAUUAAAUAAAAUCAUUGGCUCAGCUGUGAUUUUCUAAUUUAUUUUUCUACAUUAAAAACUCUCCCUUUUG